GCUAUUGGUAUAUAAAGAGGCGGGAGGAAGUUGGGUUAUCAGUUGACUCGACUCUCCCGUUCACCGCUGUGUCCACUCCCCUAUACUGACCCUCAACCAUGAAGAGUUUGGUGCUGUUGGCGCUGGUUGGUCUGGCGAGCUGCCGCAUCGCUCUUAUCGGAGGGGACAACGCUCGUGACGUUACCAUCUUAUACACGUAUAUAGAUGAGUAUGGAGAAGAAAUUGAGGCAAAGUUUGAAGCUGAUUAUUUGAACCUGGCCAUCCAAAAUGCUGCCCCCAUCACAGCUCCAGCCUCACCCGUCAACACCCUCUACAUGCAGACGGCCCCGCUCCCACAGCUUCCCAAGUUGGCACCUGCAGCGGCCAUGUAUAAUCCCACUUUCGAAGCACCACCCGCCAUUGUUCAAGUGGCCACCAUCCCAGAACCCCAGCCUCCAGUAGCAAACCGUUACUCUCAGAUAAUGCCCAACCCUGUCCCUGCUUCGAAGCCAAAGGUGAUCACCCCCUACAUCUCUCUUGACGAUGAUGACUCAAGUGAGGAGACCCUGGACAUCGUCCCUGUCGCUGCACCCCAUGCUCAGCCUCUUGCUGCCGUCCGCAAGACCAUGGCAGCCAUUAAUCCUAUUCCAGCAAAACCCACUUUUAUGAUUUCUGAUGACAGCGAUGAAGACUAGAUUCGUCUUACGCUGAGCCAUCUCCGUUUCUUCCAGUGCAAAACAAUUUGUGUGGAGGCAAUGUCAUAUAUAUAUUUUGAAGACAUCAUACAUUGUUGUUUUUAUUUGCAUCAAAAUGGCAAAUUUGACAAAACUCCGCAUUAGCAUUGCUUACUUCUUCAAAAAAAUACAGAAUUGUAUAACAAAUCAA